AUGUCAGUAUACACUUCUAAUUCAGCUGCUGUUGCUCAACAACAACAGCAACAACAGCAACAGCAACAACAACAACAAGCUCAACAGGCUCAACAACAACAACAAGCCCAGCAACAGCAAGCUCAACAACAACAAGCUCAACAAAGACAACAACAUCAACAACGAUUGCAUGAAUUAUUAGAUGCGGUUAAAGCUGAAUUUGAAUAUGCUUUAAAUGAAGCAUCUAGCUUUAAACAAGUUAAGGAAGAUUAUGAUUUAAAGUACAAUCAACAAACUGCUGAAAUGCAACAAAUAAGACAAACGGUUUAUGAAUUAGAAAUGGCACAUAGAAAGAUUAAAGAAGCUUAUGAAGAAGAAAUAUUAAGAUUAAAAACUGAAUUGGAAAAUAGAGACAGACAAGCUCAAAUUCAACAACAGCAACAACAACAACAACAGCAGCAAGCUCAACAAGCUCAACAACAACAACAACAAGCUGCUGUUGCUGCCCAACAAGCUGCAGUUCAACAAGCUCAACAAAAGCCUAAUGGUUUACCUUAUGGAGGUUACCAACAACCAACUGCUCCAACCCAAGUUCCUCCGGUUGCUCAAGCAUUACCUCCACCAAUAAAGCAAUCUCCUCCAAAACAAGAAGUUAAACCAAUUUCUCCACAAGUUGCAAAACCAGAACUUACUAAACCUGCAACUGUCGGUCCUGAAACUUCAACUGCAUUAACAGUUAUCGAUAAAUCUCAAUAUAUUGUCAAUCCUGCUCAAAAGGCUGUUCAUGUUAAAGAAAUUCCUCCAUUUUUAUCAGAUUUGGAUGUAUCCAAAGCAAAUCCAGAUUUUAAGAAACAAAAGACUGAAUAUUAUGUCUUGUAUAACCCAGCAUUUAGUCGUGACUUGGAUGUUGAUUUAAUUCAUUCUUUAGAUCAUUCUUCAGUGGUUUGUUGUGUUAGAUUCUCUAAGGAUGGUAAAUUCAUUGCUACUGGUUGUAAUAAAACUACCCAAGUUUUUAAUGUUGAGACUGGAGAAUUGGUGGCAAAAUUGGUUGAUGAUAAUAAUUCAACUGAUAUAAAUGCCGCAAAUGCUGGUGAUAAUGCUACCAAACCAGGUGAAACUAAUGAAUCUCCUGAAGCUGCCGCUGCUGCAUCCUCUGCAAAUGGAGAUUUAUAUAUUAGAUCAGUCUGUUUUUCACCAGAUGGUAAAUUAUUAGCUACUGGUGCUGAAGAUAAAUUAAUUAGAAUUUGGGAUUUAACCACUAAAAGAAUUAUUAAGAUUUUAAGAGGUCAUGAACAAGAUAUUUAUUCCUUGGACUUUUUCCCAGAUGGUGAUAGAUUAGUUUCUGGUUCUGGUGAUAGAACUGUUAGAAUUUGGGAUUUAAGAUCAUCUCAAUGUUCAUUAACUCUUUCAAUUGAAGAUGGUGUUACUACUGUUGCUGUUUCUCCUGAUGGUAAAUUAAUUGCUGCUGGUUCUCUUGAUCGUACCGUUAGAGUCUGGGACUCAGUUACUGGAUUUUUAGUUGAAAGAUUAGAUUCUGGUAAUGAAAAUGGUAAUGGCCAUGAAGAUUCUGUUUAUUCUGUUGCCUUUUCUGUUAAUGGAAAUCAAAUUGCUUCAGGUUCUUUAGAUAGAACAGUUAAAUUAUGGAAUUUAGAAGAUAAACCAGCCCCACAUUCAACUAACAAAAAAUCAAGUUGUGAUGUUACUUAUAUUGGUCAUAAAGAUUUUGUUUUAUCUGUUUGCUGUACUCCAAAUAAUGAAUAUAUUCUUUCAGGUUCAAAAGAUCGUGGUGUUAUUUUCUGGGAUCAAAUUUCUGGUAAUCCAUUAUUAAUGUUACAAGGUCAUCGUAACUCAGUCAUUUCCGUGGCUGUAUCUUUAAAUUCACAAGGAACUGAAGGUAUUUUUGCAACUGGUAGUGGUGAUUGUAAAGCCAGAUUAUGGAAAUGGACUAGAAAAUAA